UGGAGUAGGACCUGUGCACAUACACACUCUUACACAUAUUCUUAAUAACACCGCCUAGCUCCAACUGAAGCGCAGCCAUGCAGGAAUCUCCUGGCUCUAUUGGUGUGGAUGGAGGUUAUGCCAGUAAUGUGCCUGCCUUCCUCACCAAACUGUGGACCUUGGUCGAGGACCCGGACACCAACCACCUCAUCUGCUGGAGUGCUACUCCACAAUCUGGCUUACAGAGUCCUCAAAAUACUGGCACCAGCUUCCAUGUGUUCGACCAGGGCAGGUUUGCCAAAGAGGUGCUGCCAAAAUACUUCAAACAUAACAACAUGGCCAGCUUUGUUCGUCAGCUCAACAUGUAUGGCUUCAGGAAGGUGGUGAACAUAGAGCAGAGUGGUCUGGUGAAGCCAGAGCGAGACGACACAGAGUUUCAGCACCUCUACUUCCUGCAAGGCCACGAACACCUGCUGGAGCACAUCAAGAGGAAGGUCUCCAUCGUGAAGAGUGAAGAGACCAAAGUACGGCAGGAGGACUUGAGUAAGCUGCUGUAUGAAGUGCAGGUACUGCGCAGCCAACAAGAGAACAUGGAGUGUCAGAUGCAAGACAUGAAACAGCAGAAUGAGGUGCUGUGGAGAGAGGUGGUCUCACUGAGACAGAACCACACCCAGCAGCAGAAAAUCAUGAACAAGCUGAUUCAGUUCCUUUUCAGCCAGAUGCAGUCAAACACAACAAGCACUGUAGGAAUGAAGAGAAAGCUUCCCCUUAUGUUGGACGAUGGUUCAACCACGCCCUCAGCCUCCAAGUUCAGCCAUACCCACCAAAUGGAGCCCCUGCAUGAACCGUUCUAUAUCCAGUCGCCAUCCACAGAAACAGCCUCUUGCUCCAAUGGUGCAAUGACAGGAGGACCAAUCAUAUCAGACGUUACUGAAAUGUCACAACCCAGCAACAUGCAAAUGCAAACAGAGGAGACAAGGGAUAAGUGUAUGAUGCUGAUCAAAGAGGAGCCAGGGAGCCCAGGGGUGCGAGGCCGGGGGGAGGGGGUCCCACUGGGCUCCUGUGAUGUGUGUUCUGAACCCCCCGUCCUCCCUGUUGCCAUGGUACAAUCCGUCCUGGAGGGCCGAGGGUCUGGAGUAGACAGGAGGCUCAAGAGACCUGCUCUGGAGAGGCCUGAGGUACCUGAUGCUGAAGAGAAUGUGGACAUGAGUCUGGAGGACCUGCAGCUUCUCCUGAGGACCCACCAGCAGAGUGUGGAGCCCACCACUGCUGUCAUGGAUCCAUUCAAUUUCAACCUGCCCUUGAGUGAGUGGAACUUUACUGAUAUGGAUUCCAACCUGAAAUCAUACAUGUUUCAGAGCCAGGAGGCAGAGGCUUACCCCAACGCUGGUUGUGAGGAACAAUGAUGGCUUGACAGAUCCGCUGGCACAUGCUUGUCCUGACAAAGGCAGGCCAGAAAACAAGACAUUCCUCAAGACUCUCAGAUUUGUUCCAUCCCCUGUCGUCAUGUCUUAGAUCCAGCCUACCUGACCCAAUGUGAGCAGAGCAGGAGGGAUUCUUGUCACUCAGAACUCUGUGGGCCUAUC